CUUUCCUUCUCCUGUCCCACACACAUACACACAGGUAACAAAUACCCUCCAUGCUAUCCCUGUUUUUCCAGGGUGAUUACAUUUAUUGUUUAUAUCUGAAUCAAUGUACCCAGGCUAAGUACCCUGAACAGAAUCCUCUUAUCUUACCCAGUUCAUAUCCUACCAAAAGAUAUUUGUUUUAUUCCUCUAUACAGAAUGAAAUAUUCUUUCAGUUUUCUUUUAAACUACCUAAUAUGAAUUAUUUAAUAGGAACUUAUAUGCUCAAAAUGGUCAAAUAUGGAAGAAUGAAGCAUUGAAAUAGGCAAUUGAAAAUGUAUGUGAGAAGACACUUUAUGAUACAGUGUUUGAGAAGCGUGAUGAGAAAAUGCAUAGAGAAGUACAAUAGGAUUGUCAAGACAUGUAAUUAAUUUAAAGUGAGAUUAGAUGGCAAAGCUCAUCUCCAGUAGUUGCCAAUUGCUCUAAUCCCUCUGCUGAGUCAGGUCUGGCUUAAUUUAUUCUGGUCUGUGCUCCAAAAGUACAGUGAAAUGACCUUAAAAUAAAUUUGAUGGGACUGUUCACUGUGAUUUAACAGGGGGACCUGGAACAUAUAUAAAUAGUAUCAUUCUUAAAGUGCAAACAAUAGCAGUGAUCCUAAAAUCCAAUGCAGACACCUUAAUACAGUUUAGAGAAGAGGCAAAGAGAUACAGGAAGGUAAAGGAAAUGCACAUGUCAAUUUACCUUUUCCACAGAUGAAUCAUCAAGGAAAACCACCAGAAGAAAAUCUAACUGAACUGAUGGAAUUUGUUCUCUUGGACUUUGCUGAUAUGCCCCAUUUCCAGUGGUUUCUUUUUGGAUUAUUUUUUAUCAUCUAUAUCAUUAUCCUGAUGAGCAAUGGCACCAUAUUUCUAAUAACAAAAAUGGAUCCUGCUCUCCAGAGCCCUAUGUAUUUUUUCCUGGCAAAUUUUUCCUUCUUGGAAAUCUGCUAUGUAUCAGCUAUUCUCCCCAGAAUGCUAAUGAAUCUAGGAACCCAGAGAAGAAGAAUUUCCUUAGUUGCCUGUGCUACACAGAUGUGUUUUUUCCUUAUGUUUGGAGGGACAGAGUGUUUGCUCCUGGCAGUGAUGGCCUACGACCGUUAUGUGGCCAUUUGUAACCCUCUGAAUUAUCCUCUAGUCAUGAACCACAGAGUUUGUAUCCAGUUGGUGACUGGGUCCUGGACCAUUGGAAUCCCAGUUAUGGUAGGGCAUACAUAUCAAAUUUUCUCCCUGCCUUUUUGUGGAUCAAACCAAAUUAAUCACUUCUUCUGUGACAUUCCCCCAAUACUCAAGCUAGCUUGUGGGGACAUCUUUGUAAAUGAGAUGUUGGUCUACAUAGUUGCUGUGUUAUUUGGCAUGGUUCCAUUUCUGUUGAUACUUGGCUCUUACAGUACAAUCUUAUCAGUCAUCUUGAAGUUACCAUCAGCCACAAGUCGAGCCAAAGCCUUUUCCACCUGCUCCUCUCAUCUUACGGUUGUGGUGUUAUUCUUUGGGUCAGUCAUUAUUACAUACUUAACUUCCACCAUCAGACUCUCAGAGGGAACUGACAAAGUGCUAUCUCUUUUAUAUACUAUCCUAACUCCUAUGUUUAAUCCCAUGAUAUAUAGUCUAAGGAAUAAGGAUGUCAUAAAGGCACUGAGAAAAUUGUUAUGUAAAUAAUUCACUUCAUUUAAAAAUAAAUUAAAUUAUAAUAAAAUUGAUAUCUUAUGUAGUUUUAAUCAAGUUUCAGUAAAUGUAUACCUUUAACUAUACCUUUUU